AUGAGGCAAUCGAAAAGAAGGCAGAAGGUUGCGAAUGAAAUGGAAAUCGGUGAUGGAAGUGAGGAUGAUGAUCAUGGAGUAGGCAACGAUGAACUCCAUUACGAUGAUGAUGAUGAUGAUGUUGAGGAUGCAUCGUCUAUGCAUGAUGAGCCAAGUGAAGAGCAGCGCAAUGAUGAAAACACUACAGAAAGAAGCAAUGAUGAAUCUGGACACGAAAGUAAUUUUCUAGAUAUUUCUUUCUUCAAACUUCCCUGUCUACAAGAGGCCAAGCUUGAAUCGCCACAGAGCCCAUUUGACGUUCUGGCGGGUAGCUUCAUUGCUCUCAAAUAUACAUUAUUGAAGCCUCGCUGGUUUCAGUUGUUCUACCGUGAAACUGAAGAGAGCAAGGCUUAUGAAGGUAUUGGAAUUUACCACGCAAGAGUCCAGAUAUGGUUGAGAGUAUAA